AUGACCGAUGCUCCUCGGGUGGACUACACGCUCAACAACCCUGACACCCUCACCAAGUACAAGACGGCUGCCCAGAUCUCCGAGAAGGUUCUCGCCGAGGUCACCAAGCUGAUCGUGCCCGGCGCCAAGAUCGUUGAGAUCUGCCAGAAGGGUGAUGCCCUCAUUGAGGAGGAGCUCGCCAAGGUCUACCGUGGCAAGAAGGUCACCAAGGGUUUCUCCCACCCCACGACCGUCUCGCCCUCUUCCUUCGUCACCCCUUACACGCCCCUGACCACCGACGAGUCUGAGGCUGCCGUCGAGAUCAAGGCCGAUGAGCCCAUCAAGAUCCAGCUCGGUGCCCAGAUCGAUGGCUUCGGCUCCAUCGUUUGCGACACCGUCAUCGCCGGCGCCGAGGGUGAGGUCACUGGCCGCAACGCCGACCUGGUCCUUGCCACGUACUACGCCAACGAGCUUCUCCUCCGCCUCAUGAUCCCCCCUGGCACCCUCGGCUCCGACGACGAGAAGGCCAAGGCCGCCUCGACCAAGGCGCCUACCCAGACCAAGAUCACCAGCCUGCUCGAGAAGGUCGUCAAGAGCUACGACUGCAGCCUGGUCGAGUCCACGACCUCGUGGCUGUUCGACCGCAACGAGAUCGAGGGCACCAAGAAGAUCACGGGUGUCUCUCUGGGCUCCGGCAAGGUCAAGCAGUACGAGAACCGCACCACUCUGCACCGCCGCACCCUCCAGACCUACGGCCUCAAGCGCCCCACGUCGCGCAAGAUCCUCUCCGAGGUUGUCAAGAAGUUCGGCGUCUUUCCCCUUCACUUGCGCCAGCUUGAGGACGAGCGUGAUGCCAAAACUGGUGUCGUCGAGUGCGUCCGCAGCAACGUCUUCCGCCAGUACGAGGUCGUUGGUGACAAGGACAACUCGCCUGUUGGCCGUCUCCUGACCACCAUUGCCAUCACCAAGAACGGCAUCACCAAGCUUGGUGCCGCGCCUGCGCUUGACCUGAGCAAGUACAAGACGGAUAAGAAGAUUGAGGAUGAGGAGAUUCUCAAGAUCCUCGAGCAGCCCAUCGCCAGAAAUACCGGCAAGAAGAAGAACAACAAGAAGAAGAAGAAGCCCGCCAAGAAGGCCGCCGCCGCUGCCGCCGAGGAGAGCUCGGAGGAGGAGAGCGACGACGAGUAA